AUGGAACAUGAAAACGAGAACCAAAUGGAACAUGAAAACGAGAACCAAAUGGAACAUGAAAACGAGAACCAAAUGGAACAUGAAAACGAGAAUCAAACGGAACAUGAAAACGAGAACCAAUUGGAACAUGAAAACGAGAACCAAUUGGAAUAUGAAAAUGAGAACCAAUUGGAAGAUGAAAACGAGAACCAAUUGGAAGAUGAAAAGGAGAAUCAAUUGGAACAUGGAAAGGAGAAUCAAUUGGAACAUGGAAAGGAGAAUCAAUUGGAACAUGGAAAGGAGAACCAAUUGGAACAUGGAAAGGAAAAUCAAUUUCAUCAGUCUAACAAAAGACCUAUCAAAUCAGCUUCUCCAUUUUUGGGUGAAAAACGUCGCAGAUAUGAACAGGUAUCAACUGAAUCUAUUACGAUUAAUUCUUUAAAUCUCAUUACUUCAAAUGAUCAAUUAACAGCAAUGGAUUCAACAAAAGUCAAUCUUACUGACCUUACAAUAAAAUUCAUAUCUGAAAAGAUCAACGAAAAUAAUAAUAAUGCUGAUGAAUUGAAUUAA